AUGGAUUUACCGGUUGAGUUAUAUAAUGUGGAAUCACUGAGACGUAUUGGAAACAUGGUUGGAAGGACCUUGAAGAUAGAUUUAUCAACCUCUAUUUCAGAUAUGGGGGCCUUUGCACGAAUCUGUGUUGAGUUAGACUUAAGCCAGCCUUUACUCCCUUCAUUUAUGCAUUUCGAUGAGGAUAUAAAAAUAGGAUAUGAAGGAUUGCACCUAGUGUGUUUUCAUUGCGGUAAAUAUGGUCAUCAUAAGGAUGUUUGCCCAGAGAAAAUUAUUCCUUCAAAGCUAGGGAAUACUGAUACAGUUGAAAAGAGCAGGGAAGCGGAUCAGAAAGCGUAUACCAGCGAGGAAAGGGAUGAGUUUCGGGCUAUUUCUGAGGAGGUCCCUGUAAGUAAUGCAGUGCCGGUAAAGGAAAAAAUUAGAGAGAUGGAAAACACGGUGGCUGAAGACAGAUACGGACCGGAGAUGCUGAUUAAGCGUCAGUUACGCUGGAGAUAUGGUAGUGCGGAUUUGAAGGGAUUAUAUGAUGGAGAUGCGAGAUUGAAGGAUAUGGAGAGAGGAGGAGGCGAAAAAAAGGGAGUGCAAUUUGCAACCGGUGAACGUAAAAGAGGCGAUCAUGGCGGACAGAAUCAGAAGGCAGCAGGAAACCGGAUUUUCAGCAAGGAGAAUAUAUUAAAGAAUCACUCAGAGUGGGUCCCAGUCGGAGAAAACGUAAGGGAUCAACAAUUGGGAAAGUCAAAGGAAAAGAACAUAUUCCCCCUGCUGACCGAACCAGAUCUCACGUGA